AUGUCAACCGAGAGCCUAGUUCUCGCAGCCGCUGAUGCUGCUGCCCUGCAGACUGCAGGCUUGCUGCGCCCUGGAAGCCACACUGGCUUCCGCCGUCUGCACAAGCGCCGCCUCAACAGUUCAAGCGACGAGGAGUAUGCCCAAAUUCCUCUCGACAUCGGCCCGGAGUCAUUUGCCGUCUCGGCCGCCUUCGCCGACAUCCCGGUUGCCUUGUUUUCACGGGAAACCCUGGCAUACCUCGGCCUAUCGCAGAGCAAGGCCGACGAGAUCUGGUCCGAGUGGACCAACUGGCCAUCCACAGGAAUUCGCCGAGAGAUCGACGCCGGCGAUGGUGGCCUUGAGAUCACAUUCAUCGACUACAUCACUGCCCGCCUCGAAAACAUCGAGGAUGUCUACGAGGACGACGAUGACCAGUGGCGCCAAUGCCUCGGCCGAUGCGGCAUCAGCUCGUCUGUGCAGGACGCCAUCAUGGACCCGAGCUUCAAGCGUAUCCGUCUCACCAACUCGUGUGUCUUUUGGGUCGAGGACACCAUUCAAAUGCGCUUCGCCGGACUCGAGGACAUCCAGCGGGCAUCUCGCGACCGCGAGAGGGCGCUCCUCCGAGCCGCUUCACGCCCAGGUGGCCGAGGCCAGGCGGCUCGGCCCAGCGGCAGCGGUCAGGGACGCCGGCGCGCGGCCUCUGCCUCCGAGAUGCAACAAGAGGCCACACCCGGCGUUUCCUCCAUGCACUGGAGCCGCGACCUCGCCGCCGAAUACGCCAAAAACUCGGACUGCAUCACGCUGUACAAGGGGAUGGACCAGGCCAGGAUGGCCGGCCUCUUCGACAACGCCGGCGUGCUCGAUAACAUCAGCACGCUCCUGAGUUCGCAACCCUCCGACUUCAGCGCCACACGGGGGCUCCUCUACUUCGCGUCGGACUACAAGGUGGCCGAGUACUACGCGGCCUAUGCGAAGCACCGAGCCAACUGCGAGUCCGUCGUCAUGAUCUGUGUGUCUCUGCCCAAGGAGACCAUCGACAACAUGGAAGCGCCGGAGCUCCAGCGCCUGUUCUGGCCCACCCCUCAGUGGAAGCAGCUUGUCUGGCGCUCAAAGACGGGCAAGCGCCUCCCCAAGCCCCUGCGCAAGUACCGAGACGCCCUUCUCAUCAUCGGCACCAUCUCGAAAGGCGCAGCGCGCAUGUUCGAAAACAUGCAGUCGUGGGAGGACAUGACUGGCGACUGCAUCCUUCGCGUUGGGCCUCCAAACCGAAGGAACCCAGCGGUGCAAUAUGUUUUCUCGGGAGACGAGGAGGGACAGGAGUUCCUCUUGGACAAUGGAAAGUUUGACGUAUUCCGGUUUUCAGAGGAGGACGCCCAGAUUUUGCUUACCCGAAACCCUGAGACGGUCUAUUAA